AGCUCGCGAAAUCCGAUUCUCUCGACAUGUCAACUUGGGCACGCUCCCAACCAGAUUCCAAUCGACGUUCAUCGUCCUUCUGGUCAUCACCAACGUCUUCGCUAGCACCUGGAACGUUCCGUGGUCUGACCCUCAAUUGGAAGUGUUGCCCAUCCUCCGCAAUCGUACUGGCACUCUAUCAGUGGCCAACCUCAUUCCAAUUGUGGUUUUGUCCUCCGUCAAGAACCCACUUAUCUACCUAUUGGACAUCUCAUACGACUCGUUCAGCCUGAUGCAUCGCUGGCUUGGUCGUUUGGCAGUCCUCCAAGCUAUUGCGCAUACGAUCUGUUAUGUCAUUACCACGGUACACCAGAAGGGGUGGCAGAAUAUCAAAGUCUCCUUGAGAACUGAGCCUUUUCUCGUAGCUGGGCUGGUCGCCACUAUUGCUGUCACAGUGAUGCUUAUCCACACUCCGAAAUUGUUCAGAAGCCUCUCCUACGAAUUUUUCCAUCAUCUGCACGUUGUUUUGGCGGUUUUUACCAUGGCUUUUCUCUGGAGACAUCUGGCCCUCAAGAGCCUCCCACAACGAUACCUGCUGCUUGGAGCAGCGGUCAUUUGGGCCUCAAGCAGGGCUUUCAGGUUUGCCACGCUGCUCUACCGAAGCAUCGGAAAGGAGAGCUGCAAAGUGAAAAUCCAGUCACUACCAGGAGGUGCCGUCAAGGUCAGCUUUACACCUCCACGACCUUGGACCCAUCGACCAAGUCAAUCUUUGUACUUGACCAUCCCUUCCAUUGGCCUAUGGACGGCGCAUCCGUUCUCGGUCGCUUGGUCAGAAGUCGAGGAGUCCCUCUCACGGGCCAGCACCCUUAGAUCUGUGGACGAAAAAGAGAUCAAGGUGCGCAACAAAGAGAUCGACCUCGAGGUUCCAGGAAAGCAAGUAAUGUCUCUGAUUGUCAAGAGACAUAGCGGAUUCACGCGGAAACUCUGGGAGCGCGCCGAGAAGUCUAGCACUGCUCUGACUGUCAACGCCUUCAUCGAGGGUCCUUACGGCACUGAAAGAAGCCUGUCCAGCUAUGGCACGGUCAUGCUCUUCGCUAGUGGCGUCGGAAUAACACAUCAACUCCCAUAUGUCAGAGAACUCGUGGAAGGUUAUCGUCAAGGCACUGUCGCCACCAAGCGGAUCACAUUAGUCUGGGUCAUGCCAACCACGGAAUGUCUGGAGUGGGUUCGCGGGUGGAUGCAAGAUGUCUUGAGCAUGGAAGGAAGAAGAGAAGUCCUCAAGAUCUUGCUCUUUAUCACUCGAGGGGGCUUGAAUCAAUCGAUCAGAAGCCCUAGCGACAUGGUUCAGAUCUCGCGCGGAAGGCCCAAUGUGCAUGCCCUGAUGUGGGAUGAAGUUCAACAGAAGAUGGGAUGUCUCGGUGUCAGUGUCUGCGCAGGUGGCGGUCUGGCCGACGAAGUAAGACGCGUGUCUCGAGUGAUGCUGGACAGAGGUGCAAACCUCGAUUUGAUUGAGGAAGGCUUUGGCUGGUGAUGGGCCAAAUCGGGCACAGAUGUUUAUGCUUGUGUAAUUCAUGUUUCCUAUGUCGAGUCAAGCUUGAGCUUUGGAAUUGGAAUUGGCACAGACUUGCGAGCAUAUUUGGGCACCGACUGGGACACGGAAUUGAU